CUCCCGCUCAAGAUUUGCGGGCUUCCUUAGCAACCGCCCUUCGAUACGAACUGUGAAGGAUCUUAGCAACCGCCCUUCGAUACGAACUGUGAAGGAACUUAGCAACCGCUCUUCGAUACGAACUGUGAAGGAACUUAGCAACCGCUCUUCCAUACGAACUGUGAAAGAAGCGAAGCGUCCCUGGCUCCGAGACAACAGCAACAUGGAGCCUCAGGAGCCAACUUCUCCCGCAGACGAGGCAGAUGUAAACAGAUUUCAGAGGACCGAGUCAUGGUUCCAUCUCCCAGCAGAAGAGGACAGGAGUCAGUUCCUGGGUCUGGAAUUUCAGGAUAGUCGUCUGUCACCUGCCCUUGCUCUGCUACCAGAGUAUGACUUCUCGGGAUACUCUCUCUUCCAACAAACAACAGACUUAGAGUUUGCCCCUUUAAGGGGGUCUCCAGACGUGUCUGUAGCCUCCGAGAGGUUUCUGAUACCACAGGCCAAGAGGGGCAGUAGCGGCGUUGUCCAGCCGUCUGUCCCUCAGCAUUCCUCUCUGUCCCAGCAUCCUCUAGCUUACAACUCCACCCUGUCUGAGCACCCUCUGGGUCACACCUCCACCCUGUCUCGGUCAGAGGAGAGGGCCAGUAGCUGCUGCUCCCUCUCCGAACACAGCAUGUCCCCUGGUGACGGGUUGGGACAACCAGGGGAGGACCGCUACCCAGCCACCGUCAGGGAUAACGAGGGGCAGAAGACUCAUCUUUCUGGGACACGUACCAGUCUCCUUGACCCAGACAGACCUCUGGCCGUGUUCCCUGACGACAACGCUUCGUUCCUCAGCGGGGACAUCCCUGUCAGAAAGCUGCUGGAUCUGCUCCAGAAGGACGUUGGCAUGCCCAGCGGUAGCAGCAGUGCCGUCUCCUCUGCCUCUGAGACCUCUCGCAACAGGACUAACUUCUUUGGGGGAGAAUCCAGGAGUGACCGCUGUGUUUCCAAACCAGAUGGCUUGAGAGAAGAGAGGGAUGUGAGCCAAAGAGCGCUGCCUGACGUCUCACCUGAGCUGCUGCCUGACGUCUCACCUGAGCUGCUGCCUGACGUCUCACCUGAGCUGCUGCCUGACGUCUCACCUGAGCUGCUGCCUGACGUCUCACCUGAGCUGCUGCCUGACGUCUCACCUGAGCUGCUGCCUGACGUCUCACCUGAGCUGCUGCCUGACGUCUCACCUGAGCUGCUGCCUGAUGUGUCACCGCCAGUCACAGGGAGAAGAGAAGGCCCUCAAGGAGGAGCCUCCGUCUCACCUGAGAAGAUAGAGAAACUCAAAAGUAAACCGUCUUCACGGAUGUCUGAAAUUUCCAACAUCACCAUCCGUUCCCUGAGCAGCCAGCCGGACGAAAGCAGUAAUGCGUCCCGCAGGCAGCUCUGCUCGGAGCUAGAGAGGAGUCUGGACUCUGAGCCUGGAGCAGAGACCCGGGGAGGUACCAGCCGUGGGCCCAUACCCUCCUCACACAGUGAAGUCAACACACCUGACAUUGUCACCAAUACACCUAACGUUUCAACCACUGGAUCCGCCAAAGGGAGGUUGAGCGUGACCAGAGGGCUACGGGCCAGUGUGUUAGGGCCAGGGGCUGGGGUCGGGCCCCAGUUUUCAGCAGGGUUCAGUGUGGAGCGAGGCCAUAGGGAGGGAGACCUCUGGUCCUCAGGGAACCAGACAGGCACAGAACCAGACGUCUCGUUCCUGAGCCUUCUCCCCCAGCCCGUGUCCCAGUCCACCCCAGGUGUGUUCCUCCACGCUCCAGUCAGAUCCAGCACUAAGCUGUCUGCCCUCAGCUUUAACAUGGAGGUCUCUCAGCGCUCCUCAGGCUCCAGAGUCUCCUCCCAGCCCCAGCCUGCUGUAGACACCCUGCCUGAUAGAGCCACCCCUGUCCGGGACCCCCCUCUGCCUGCCAGAGAGACAGUACAGGAGCCCUCAGGAAGAAGCCACCAUUCUCUCCCCAGUCUUAACUACCUACAAAAGGUUGAUGCUUGGAAGGCCAACCAAAGUUCAAACAAGAUGUCGUUCUAUGACAACUUGUCUCUUCAGGGCUUCUCCGGGGUCUCUCCCAAGCAGAAGGCCUACGAUGCAGUCUCUGACUCUCUGACCCGUAUGUUGACUCUUCCACAGCUGGGCAACCAGACCCUCAGCAUGUGUGAAUCUGGACCCUCCUCCCCUAGCAGAGGGGAGGCAGCAGGUAGUGGUCUUCCUGAGAGAGAGGACACAGCAGGGCCUGUAGGAGGGCCAUCCCCCCUGGGCAGGUCUCAGUCCCACUCCUCCCUCAACACAGUGGUCACGUCUAUCCAGAGAGCUCAGCAUGCACAGACACACACUGACCAGGACAGCAGCCAGACACAGCCAGAGGAGGAGAGUGCUACAGGGCAGCCCAGGGAGUUGGAGAGGAGCCGGGGAGGGUCAGACAGGGUUCAGUCAGGAGGUGGACCUGAACAGCCCAGUGGUGCUCCAACGGAGCCCUCUCCCUUCAUCAGCCUGGGACGCUUCAAUAACGUGUCAUCAAAGCGAGACGUCCUCUCCAGCUCCCGGGACAGUGGCCACAGUGGGCAGAACUUUGAGGUGUCCGUCAGGGCUGCUUCUUCUUCUGUGGUCAGUCUGGAGGUGGAUAACUAUGCCCCGUACUGGUCCUCCAAACCAUCCUCACCACACAGGGAGAGGGAGCUCAACAUUGAAGAAAGGAUUCCGAUGUACCUUCACAACCUUGGGAUCGACCAAUCUCCUUCUACGAUCCUCAAUCCCUUUGGACCUCGAGGGCCAAUCAGAGAGCCAGAGUUCUCUCCCACUGAUCUGUGCACCAUAAAGGGAUCCACAGCCACUGGCACGCCAACCAAGAGCACACAGCCUUCUGAAGGCGACAGCCCUCAUAAAGGAGAGUUCUCCAGGUCCAGCCUGCUGUCUGUGGCCUCAAGCAUGUCUCUACCUCUCAGUGUGGACAGCCUCCAUCUCCAUCCCAUAAGGAGCCAGGCAGAGAACACCAGGAGCUGCCUGUCCCCCUCUCCGGGACCAGACAGAGACAGGUUUCCCAGCCAGGGCAGUCUGAGGAUGGCCCUCUGCCCCCUGGAUAUCUCAGUGGAGAACACAGUGCUCCAGGACUCCCAGCAGGAUCCUCAUUGCCUCCAGCCAUCCUACCAGCCCCUGCACCAGAGUCCAAAAAUAAAAAGUACCCUGGCUUGCUUCCGGACCUACAGUCCACUGAGCAACAUCAGAGAGACAGCAGAGUGA